UGUCAUCAGUCCUAUCUUUAUACUCUACUUCUAUAUAAAUAAUUAUUUAUUCAUUAAAAUAAAAAAAACAGUAAUUCCUUCUAUCUAUUCACAACAAAUAUAUAUAUUUUCCUAAUUCUUUAGAUUUUCUAACUUAAUUUUCUAUAAUAAAAAAGUGUUACAUCUCCUUGCUCUCUCUCACCCACUAAACCUGCUGAGAUUCCCAACGCUUUCUUUUUGUUUCCCGAAACAUUUUCUUCAGCCACCAAAUCAAAUUGAGUUCUUCUCGUUCUCACCGCUUUCUCGACAACCGUUUCUUCUUGUUCUUCCCUAAAUCCUCCGAUAAAAACUAUUACAAAAAAAUGGAGACGUUGUCGAGGAGCCUAAGCAAGACCUUAGGGGAGUUAAUAACGAGCAGUAGUAAUCAAUUCUCGAGGAGAAGCGGUUCGAUCGAUGGUCAUGACGAGGAAGCUCUUAAAUGGGCUGCUCUCGAGAAACUUCCAACCUUCACUCGUCUUCGUACCACUAUCAUCCACCCUCACAAUCUCGUCGACGUAACCAAGUUCGGCGUCGAUGAUCGUCAGAAGUUCAUCGAUUCUAUCUUCAAAGUCACAGAGGAAGAUAACGAGAAGUUCUUGAAAAAGUUGAGGCAACGAAUCGAUAGAGUGGGGAUAAAGCUACCGACCGUUGAAGUGAGGUUUCGGAAACUGACGAUAGAGGCAGAUUGUCACAUCGGAAAAAGAGCUCUUCCGACAUUACCUAACGCUGCCUUAAACAUUGCAGGGAGAGGCCUUCGUUUAUUUGGUUUUAACUUUGCUGAAACCACUAAACUCACUAUCCUUAAAGACGCUUCUGGUAUAAUUAAUUCUUCAAGAAUGACACUUUUAUUAGGUCCACCAUCGUCAGGGAAAACAACUCUUUUGUUGGCGUUAGCUGGAAAAUUGGACCCAAGCUUGAAGGUUACAGGGAGAGUAACAUACAAUGGACAUGGAUUAGAAGAAUUUGUGCCACAAAAAUCAUCAGCAUACAUAAGCCAAAACGAUGUUCAUAUUGGAAUUAUGACUGUCCAAGAGACUCUUGAUUUCUCUGCUAGAUGCCAAGGCAUUGGCACUAGAUACGAUUUGUUAAGUGAGUUGGUGAGGAGAGAAAAGGACGCAGGGAUCUUGCCCGAACCGGAAGUGGAUCUGUUCAUGAAGUCCAUAGCAGCUGGGAAUGUCAAGAGCAGUCUUAUCACAGACUACACUCUCAAAAUAUUAGGCCUUGACAUAUGCAAAGAUACGAUGGUCGGAGACGAGAUGACAAGAGGAAUCUCAGGUGGUCAAAAGAAAAGAGUCACCACAGGAGAAAUGAUAGUGGGACCAACAAAGACAUUGUUCAUGGACGAGAUAUCGACAGGUCUAGACAGUUCAACAACGUACCAAAUAGUGAAAUGCCUUAAAGAAGUCGUCCGGUUCACGGACGCAACGGUUCUUAUGUCCUUGUUACAACCAGCUCCCGAAACGUUCGAGUUAUUCGAUGACAUCAUUCUAUUGUCGGAAGGCCAAAUCGUGUACCAAGGUCCACGUCACCAUGUUCUUUCUUUCUUUGAAACUUGCGGUUUCAAGUGUCCCGAUCGCAAAGGCACGGCCGAUUUCUUGCAAGAGGUAACUUCAAGGAAAGACCAAGAGCAAUAUUGGGCAGACACAACAAAACCAUACAUAUACAUGCCUGUCUCCGAAUUCUCCAAACGAUUCAGAACCUUCCACGUCGGAGCCAAUCUUGAGAACGAUCUAUCUGUCCCUUACGACAGAUCCAAAUCACACCCAGCUUCACUCGUCUUCAACAAACACUCUGUUCCCAAAUCUCAGCUCUUCAAGAUCUGUUGGGACAGAGAAGUGCUUCUCAUGAGUCGCAACGCUUUCUUCUACGUUUUCAAGACAGUUCAGAUCAUUGUAAUGGCCUUGAUCACGUCGACGGUGUACCUGAGGACGGAGAUGGGCACAAAGGACGAGAAUGACGGAGCCGUCUACAUCGGUGCAUUGAUGUUCUCAAUGAUCGCCAACAUGUUCAAUGGAUUCGCGGAGCUUUCUCUGAUAAUUCAAAGGCUUCCCGUGUUCUACAAGCAACGAGACCUUUUGUUUCACCCUCCUUGGACCUUCACUCUCCCAUCAUUUCUCUUAAGCAUACCUAUCUCCAUCUUCGAAUCCGUUGUUUGGGUCAGCAUUACCUAUAAUCUCAUCGGAUUUUCUCCAGAACCUAGCAGGUUCUUGAAGCAUUUAUUGGUGAUAUAUCUUACACAGCAAAUGGCUAGUAGUAUUUUUCGACUCAUUGCGGCAACUUGUAGAUCGAUGAUACUUGCUAAUACAGGAGGAUCCCUAGUUAUUCUCCUCCUCUUCUUGCUUGGAGGGUUCAUUGUUCCUAGAGGUGAGAUUCCUGUAUGGUGGGAAUGGGCUUAUUGGAUUUCACCAAUGGCUUACACUUACGAGGCUUUAACUGUCAAUGAAAUGCUUGCUCCUAGAUGGAUGGAUCAACCGUCUUCUGACAAUUCCACGAGGUUGGGAUUGGCUGUUCUUGAGAUUUUCGACGUAUUCACGGAUCCAAGCUGGUACUGGGUCGGAGUAGGAGGCAUUCUCGGUUUUACGAUUCUCUUUAACGUCCUAGUCACCCUCGCUCUUGCUUUCCUAAACCCACUUGAGAAGCCGCAAGCCAUUGUUUCUAAAGAGAAUGCAGAGGAAAACAGAGCCGAGAAUGGCUUAGAAAGCAGAAGCACUUGCGUGAAAAGAGGAAUGGUUCUUCCUUUUACUCCUCUCACAAUGUCCUUCGACGAUGUCAACUACUACGUUGACAUGCCUAAGGAAAUGAAGGAACAAGAAGUUGUCAAGGAUAAGCUUCAACUACUAAGGGAAGUGACAGGGGUGUUUAGGCCAGGGGUAUUAACAGCUCUGAUGGGAGUAAGUGGAGCUGGUAAAACCACUUUAAUGGAUGUUUUGGCGGGUAGAAAGACCGGUGGAUACAUCGAAGGAGACAUCAGAAUCUCUGGUUUUCCUAAAAGACAAGACACUUUUGCAAGAAUCUCUGGUUACUGUGAACAGAACGAUAUCCAUUCGCCGCAAGUCACUGUGAGAGAGUCUCUCAUCUACUCUGCUUUCCUUCGUCUCCCAAAAGAAGUCAUCAAAGAUGAGAAAAUGAGGUUUGUGGACCAAGUUAUGGAGUUAGUAGAGCUAAAGAGUCUCAAAGACGCGAUUGUAGGGCUUCCAGGGAUCACAGGGCUAUCAACAGAACAGAGGAAAAGACUUACAAUCGCUGUGGAAUUAGUGGCGAAUCCAUCCAUAAUCUUCAUGGAUGAGCCGACUUCAGGGCUUGACGCGAGAGCUGCAGCGAUUGUGAUGAGGACGGUGAGGAACACAGUCGACACAGGACGAACUGUGGUCUGCACGAUACACCAGCCUAGCAUUGAUAUCUUUGAAGCUUUUGAUGAACUUCUGCUUAUGAAGAGAGGAGGACAAGUGAUUUACGCCGGUCCCUUGGGCCGAAACUCUCACAAGAUUAUUGAAUAUUUCCAGACAAAACAAGAAACUUGUAAAGGAACUAAGCACACCGCCACAAGGAGCAACAGAUCUCUAUUUCUCAACGCGGUUCUCACAAUCACUUGGAUUACUUACUGGAGAACUCCAGAUUACAAUCUUGCCAGAUUUUUCUUUACAAUGGUUGCAGCUCUCAUGGUCGGAUCAAUUUUCUGGAAAGUUGGCACAAAAAGGGACAAUGCGAAUGAUCUUACAAAGGUUAUUGGAGCAAUGUACGCUGCGGUUUUAUUCGUCGGUAUAAACAAUUCCACAUCUGUCCAGCCACUCGUAUCCGUGGAACGAACUGUGUUCUAUCGAGAAAGAGCUGCUGAAAUGUACUCUGCUUUGCCCUAUGCCCUAGCGCAGGUGGUAUGCGAAAUACCGUAUGUGCUGGUCCAAGCUACGUUUUAUACGUUGGUUAUAUACGCAAUGUUGUGUUUUGAAUGGACAGUGGUCAAAUUCUUUUGUUUUUUCUUCGUAACAUUCUUCUCCUUCCUCUACUUCACAUACUACGGUAUGAUGGCUGUCGCCAUCACCCCGAACCAGCAGGUCGCAGCUAUUUUCGCCGGAGCUUUCUACGGACUUUUCAACCUCUUCUCCGGUUUUCUCAUCCCUAGACCGAAAAUCCCGAAAUGGUGGAUAUGGUACUACUGGAUAUGUCCAGUAGCUUGGACUGUGUAUGGAUUGAUUGUUUCACAGUACGGUGACGUAGAGGAUACGAUAAAAGUUCCGGGUAUGAUGGAAGAUCCGACGAUAAAAUGGUACAUUAGGAACCAUUACGGGUACGACUCGAAUUUUAUGGGCUCAAUUGCUGUUGUGUUAGUGGGCUUCACUGUCUUUUUCGCUGCCAUGUUUGCUUUCGGCAUAAAAAUAAAACGAUGGGAGAAAGGAAGAGGAAAUUAUGACAAGGAUAAGAUAAUGUGCUCGCAUUGUAGCAACAAUGGGCACAAUUCGCGCACGUGUCCGACGCGUGGGGGUGGCACGUGCGGUGGAAGCGGAAUCGGAGGAGGGAGUGGAGGAGGAUCUUCUUCCUCCGCCGUGAAGCUAUUCGGCGUGAGGUUAACGGAUGGGUCGAUUAUCAAAAAAAGUGCGAGUAUGGGUAAUCUCUCGGCAUUGGCCGUAGCCGCGGCGGCGGCGCACCAUCGUUUAUCUCCGUCGUCUCCUCUCGCGACGGGUAAUCACAACGAUUCGCCGUUGUCGGAUCACGCGCGAUACUCUAAUCAACAUAACGAAGGGUAUUUAUCCGAUGAUCCAGCUCAUGGCUCUAUCCACCGUCGAGCGGAGAGGAAGAGAGGUGUUCCUUGGACCGAGGAAGAACACAGGCUAUUCUUAGUCGGUCUUCAGAAACUUGGGAAAGGAGACUGGCGAGGUAUUUCAAGAAACUAUGUGACUUCAAGAACUCCCACGCAAGUGGCAAGUCAUGCUCAAAAGUAUUUCAUCCGCCAUAGUUGUUCUAGCCGCAGGAAAAGACGCUCUAGCCUCUUCGACAUGGUUACAGAUGAAAUGGUAACCGAGUCAUCGCCAACACAGGAAGACCAAACCAUAAACCGGUCAUCUCCAAGCAAGGAACCCGAAAACAAAACCUACCUUCCUUCACUGGAGCUUUCACUCAAUAAUACUACAGAAUCUGAAGCGGUCGUAGCCACCACGCCACCACAGGGAAAACCGGAAGAAGCCAUAGAGCCAUCAAGCGAGCUUUCGCCAAUGCUAGUCCCUGGCGGCUUCUUUCCUCCUUGUUUCCCAGUCACUUACACGCUCUGGCUCCCCGCGACUUCCACUUCACUACACGGAACAGAGCAUUGCUUAGAAGCUGAGACUUCUUCUCAGCAGCAUCAGGUCCUAAAACCAAAACCUGGAUUUGCUAAAGAACGUGCAACAGCGCAAUUCAGGCAAUCUGAAGAAAAUCUUGCUGGUGGUUCAAGAAUGAAGAAGGAAAACCCUGACCGGAUUAAACCAGAGCAUGACGACACAAACCAAGACGUAAGCCAU